AUGGGCUCCAACGGGGGGAAACCAACAAAGCUAUCCUUGGUUCCGCUCCCCAAGGGUUCUGUCUUAUUACCCGGGGCCACCUUGCGAAUUCCAGUCUCGAACCGGCCAGAUCUUGCCAACCUCCUCUCCUCGUUGCUCGAUCGCACGCAUGCGAACAAGCGAGAUGCAAACUCCAUAACAUUCGGUUGCGUACCCCUUUGUUCACCAUACUUGACCAAGGAUGGCCAACGCGUGAUCGAUAACGGCGCGGUGAAUGAAGAUGCGAAAGAAGAAUUCGAAUCUAUCGAUGCCGGCCAAGCGAGGAAGGAAGAUCUGUAUCGUUACGGCACGCUCGGAAAGGUUAUUGGUGUUCAACGCCGUGCCUACUCGGAGCCUCAUCUACUGGUUCAAGGUGUGCAACGUCUCACGGUAAAACGUGUGCUGAAGGAACGCCCGUUCUUCGAGGCGGAAUGUAUUUUCCACGACGAGAAAGAGCCAACGCAGAACGAUGCAGACAUUGUAGAACUGUUCGAGCAACUAAGACAUCUCUCGAGAGAACUCCUUACCCUGCUACGGUAUACCUCGUUGAUCCCGAAUUCAGGAGGACCCCGGUUGUCACCCAUCAUCGCGCGCAAAUUUGAGUUGAUCAUAACCAAGUCUGACUUGGGUCAGGCUGGAAGACUCGCGGAUGUUAUGGCCGACAUUGCCGAGUCUAACCUCGAGGAAAAGCUUCGCGUUCUGGCAGCUCUGGAUGUCAAAACCAGACUGGAAAGAGUAGUUGACAUCCUGAGCAAGCAGAACCAAAACAUUCGUGGCAAUGUCAAGUUCACCACGAUCUCGACAGAUAGCGUUCCUCAAGGGUCUAUGGUCGAUUUAGGCCAACUCGAUCCUCGAAUUCGAGAACUACUAUCCAAGCGUGGCUUUUCCGGCGGUCCAGGGAACCCCCCACCCGGAUUGGGGGGACGGAACAAUGACUCAGAUGAAAAGGAGUCUAACGAAGUUGAUGAGCUGCACCAAAAGCUAAAAGAUGCUCAGCUCAGCCCUGAGGCUCAGAAGAUUGCUGACAAAGAACUGCGGCGACUUCGGAAGAUGAUGCCAGUCAACCAGGAAUAUGGAGUAAUCAGAACUUAUCUCGAGAAUCUUGCAGAUAUCCCAUGGACCAAGGUGACUGAAGAUAAGCUUGGCCCAGAGACUUUGAAACUUGCACGAAAGCAGCUGGAUGACGACCAUUACGGCUUGGACAGGAUCAAGAAGAGACUGCUAGAAUAUCUUGCUGUUUUGAGGCUCAAGCAAACAACAAAUCAGGAUAUUGAACGCCAAAUCGCUGCCCUAACAAGCGAGCUGGAUAACUCUGGUGGGGAUAUUGAAAAGGAUAUUCCAUCUUUACCUGAGUCGGAUCGCGCUGCUAUCGAAUCAAAACUACAUAUCCUAACAUCCAGGCGUAUGACCGAUAAAUCUCCGAUCCUUCUUCUUGUUGGCCCUCCUGGAACUGGAAAGACCAGCUUAGCGAGGUCGGUCGCCGCUGCUCUUGGUCGAAAGUUCCACCGGAUAUCUCUUGGUGGUGUUCGCGACGAGGCUGAGAUCAGAGGACAUAGAAGAACAUAUGUCGCUGCUAUGCCUGGUUUGAUCGUCAACGGGCUCAAGAAAGUUGGCGUUGCCAACCCUGUGUUCUUGCUCGAUGAAAUUGAUAAAAUCGGCGGCGCUAAUUUCCAAGGCGAUCCAUCUGCAGCGAUGCUUGAAGUCCUGGAUCCGGAGCAGAACCAUACUUUUGUUGAUCAUUACAUCAACAUCCCUAUUGACUUGAGCAAGGUUCUUUUCCUGGCAACAGCAAAUUCUCUUGAUACAAUCCCUGCUCCUCUCCUUGAUCGAAUGGAGACCAUCCAGCUAUCUGGUUACACAACUGUUGAGAAGAGGCACAUUGCCAAGAGACACCUCAUCCCCAAGCAGAUCAGAGCAAAUGGUCUUACAGAUGGCCAGGUUGUCCUGUCAGACGAUGUGAUUGACAAGGCUACCAUUUCCUACACCCGAGAAUCAGGCGUCCGCAACCUCGAGCGAGAACUUGGCUCCAUUUGUCGCUAUAAAGCGGUUCAGUAUGCGGAUGCUGCGGACACUGCCAAGGUUGAGACCUACAAUCCCCUUGUGACGGUCGAUGACUUGGAAGAGAUCCUCGGAAUUGAGCGAUUCGAUGAGGAAAUUGCCGAGAAACACAGCCGUCCAGGUGUCGUGACCGGUUUAGUCGCAUAUUCAAGUGGUGGGCAAGGAAGUAUUCUAUUUAUCGAGGUCGCGGACAUGCCAGGAAGUGGACGCGUUCAACUCACCGGGAAGCUUGGAGAUGUCCUCAAGGAAAGUGUCGAAGUCGCUCUCACUUGGGUCAAGGCUCACUCUUUCGAACUUGGCCUAACUUCCGACCCUAACGAGGACAUUAUGAAGAGUCGGAGCUUGCAUGUGCAUUGCCCUUCGGGAGCCAUUCCCAAGGAUGGGCCCUCUGCUGGGCUUGCACACACCAUCGGAUUAAUCUCACUAUUCUCAGGCAAGGCUGUGCCUCCCAAGCUCGCAAUGACCGGCGAAGUCUCUCUUCGUGGACGUGUGAUGCCCGUUGGUGGUAUCAAGGAAAAACUUAUCGGCGCGCUGCGAGCGGGUGUAACCACCGUCCUUCUUCCACACCAGAACCGAAAGGAUGUCAAGGAUAUUCCGGAGGAAGUCAGCAAUGGUCUUGAGAUCAUUUACGUCAAACACAUUUGGGAAGCCAUUCGACACGUUUGGCCCGAUGCCCACUGGCCUGGCCAGCAUCACAUGAACUUUGUCGAGAGCCGUCUGUAG